AUGGAUACAACAAUUCCAUGUGGGUCAAACUCGUCCAUUGAGAAGCAAUUCCAAAGUGAGUUUACGAAUGCCAAAUUCAAGGAAAUUCAAGUGGAAUUCAGAUCUAAAAUGAAUUGUUCUUCCUCAUUAAAUAACAUGGAAGAUUGCUUUUCUACGUAUCAUGUGUUGGAGGAGAUAUUAGUUGGAGACAUACGCAAAGAGAGAGUCUUAAAAGUUGUGCUUAAUAAGGAAAACCACGAUUUCAAAUGUGAAUGCUCAUUAUUUGAGUUUAGAGGUAUUGUGUGUCAGCAUGUGUUAUCCGUCUGUAGUCAGGAGAGGAUUGUAAGUCUUCCAGAGAAGUAUGUUUUAACAAGAUGGAAGAAAAACAUUAAAAGGAAGCAUUCAUAUAUCAAGACUAGUUAUGGUGUAACAGAGUUGAAGCCACAAAUGGACGGGUUUGACAAAUUAUGCAAGCAUUUUUAUGAGGUUGCUGAAGUAGCUGCUGAGUCAGAAGAGACUACCGAAGACCUCCAUGAAACAUUACAUUUGGUUAGCUCUAAUAUGUCCACAAAGGAUAGUUCCCUUAUUGAAGAAAACCUCAAUGAUGAUUUUAAUCCAAUCAAUAGUAAUAGAAUUCACAGUCCAAAACAUGUCAAGCGCAAAGGUUGUCCUCCAUCUAAAAGAAAAACAUCUGUCGCCGAAAUGAUCGCCAAGAGGUCAAGGAAACGAACAAAAAAAAGUGAUCACGCUGAGUUUACUACAGUUGUUCAGGUGGAAUAUUCGGGUGGGAUGUUGAAAGAUUGUAAAUUGAUUUUUGUAUUAAUCCAAAUUGUAAAUGGUGCAUCCCAGACUUCGGUUAGUGCAGUGCCAGACUUUAAAACAAGAAAAAUUGCAGUCCCAUACUUGGUUAAUACAUUGCACGAGGUUGGUUAA